AUGUCACCCGCGAAGCAGAAGGUAGUCGAAGAUGAGGUGGACAUGAUGCUUGCGCUCGGAGUCAACGAGGAGAGCAAGAGCCCGUGGAGCAACCGGACUACGGUUGUGUCGAAAGCUGGAAAGGAUCGGUUCUGCUUAGACGCCCGCAAGUUAAAUUAUCUGACCAUCAAAGACGUUUACCCGCUGCCUAGUAUCGACGGCAUCCUGUCUAGAAUUGAUCAACUUUUUACAUUUCCAGAUGAUCUGUUGAUACUCGGUCGUCCGGCAAGUCGCAGAAUGCCUGAAAGCAGCGGGUUUAAGGAUCGGAAUGCGUCGUUUACGGAUGGAUCCAGGAGGAGUAGCCGCAAUCAGGAGGAUGCCGGAGUCCAGAUCAAUGAAGGAGGUGAGAGCGUUUCUUGGGACUGCUGGAUGGUACCGCCGGUUCAUAAAGAACCUUGCGACGUUGGCCGCCCCGCUCGCCGAAUCGCUGAAAAAGCGGGAAACUCGAAGUUUUCAUUGAGUCCAGAAGCCAAGCUAGCUGUAGAGUCCUUGAAGAUGGCAUUGACGACUGCACCAGUCCUGGUGCAUGCGGACUUCAAGAAGCAUUUCUUCAUUCAGUGUGAUGCGUCACACGUCGGAGUCGGAGCGGUGCUUUUUCAGCGAGACGACGACGGACAAGAGCAGCCAAUUGCCUUUUUCUCGGCCAAGAUGAAUAACCAUCAGGUUAACUACACCGUAACCGAGAAAGAGUGCGUUGCAACGCUCAUGGCCAUCCGCAAGUUCAGGCCAUACGUCGAAGGGAUACCAUUCACCUGCGUCACUGACCAUGCCAGUUCGAAGUAG